GUGUGGGCCCCGGGCGAACGUCGAUCGAUGGCCGAGUCUCGAUAGAAUAUUCAAAUUAAGUGUUCCGUGAAAAAGGAUUCGAAAGAUUCCCAGUGAUUGGUGUUUAGAAAACAAGACAGAAACUAUGAGUGAAAUGAAGGCAUUAAGUAUUUAUUCAUCGAGUCUCAUUAGUUCUAAGGUAAUUCGUAGUAGAUUUUAAUAAAUAAAAAAGUGUAAAUUUAAUCAUCUGUGACCAAAUAAACUUCUUAAUACGUUUGGAAAGUCAAAGAUCUUUCUCUAGAGCUUCAGACGGUGUUAUAUGUGAAAUUAGUGAAAGUGGACUUAUGCUAUUUACCUAACUAUUUUGAUAUUAAAGAAAACUCAGUGACAACGAUCACAACAACAAGUUAAGCACAACUUAAGUGUGACAUGCAGUGCAGUGAUUGUGCUUAGAAAACACUCAAAUGAAACACUGGCCUUAAUUCUAUCAACUGGGCAUAAGUCAAUCAAUAUUAUUUGUUGCAUUCGAUGUCUUAAACAAUGGGUUGUGGGUCGUCCAGCCAAGUGAUUCCCACGCAGGAGGCUGCAGCCAAUGGACACAAGGGGGCCAAUGGGAACGGGACGGGAGGGGGCGGCAAGCCUGAUGACGACAUGGAUGACCUUCCCACGGAGGUCCUGCCUGACACGCCGGCUGUCACGAAUAAAGCACCAAUAGCAUUCGAGAUCCCUCUAGAAGAGCUGGACGGUUCCCGGCGCCCCCCCGCGUCCCCGCCCCCGCACCUGCAGCGUCUGAUGCAGCCCCCUCAGCCCGACGUCACUCUGCCGGCGAUAGAGGAGAAACUGGCAGAGGCUGAGCUGAGGCGACAGACUAUUCUCCAGCAGCGCGCGGCGUCGGCGCAGCGGCGCGCGCAGAAGAUGAUGGCCAGACCUCACCCCAUGGACCAGCUCGACUCCGACCACGAGGGUCGCGUGCAGCUGGACGACAUCUCGAAGCACCCCGGCGUGGUGAUGCCGCCCGAGCCCCCCGCGCCCGAGCAGAAGAACAUAUAGACUAGAGGAUUAUAUGAGCAGAAGAACAUAAUAUUUAUAUAGACUAGGGGAUUAUACUGGCACAAGAACAUAUUAUAGACUAGGGGAUUAUAUGAGCAGAAGAACAUAAUAUUUAUAUAGACUAGGGAUUACAAUGGCAGAA